GCAGAAUUGACUGCUUAGUUUUCCCCUAUAAUGGCACUAUAAAAGUGUAGUUAUUUUACUGUUGGGCCAUUGUUGAAAAUGGGGACGUGUCAAAGUGUUCAAUGUUGUACUCCAGAUGAAGUCAAUUCAGAUACGGAAGAAAAGCAAUGCUGCUCAAAAUGUUUCAUCAAGUGUUGUUCGCUUAAAUGGAAAAUAAAGCCCGUAGAGGAGAAAUCCAAAAUACUUAUCCCACACAACAAUGACGACACGGCCAGACAUGAUAACUUUGGGGCAAAUCUAUGCACCUUCAAGGAAAGCAGGACAGAUGGAUCAGUUUGUUAUAUACAUUAUAUGGAAGACGUUGACACUGGUGAACCUGCCGGUCAAAUGAAGAUCAAUAACGAGGACGAGUUUGUAUUUGUUAAUGAGGACUUUGUCCAAGACAUGACACACCAGGAAGUGAUGGAUCGCUUUAGAAAUGUGAAAGUGGACGGAACAACACAACUGAAUCUGGUUCUACGGAGGAAGAAUAUAUGGGUAAAAAGUAAUGCUGUUCUUGUCCCAGAUGGAUCAGAUGAUGGACAUCCAGUUGCUAAACACUUGAAGUAUAACAAAUCAAAAACUUCGGAAGAAUCUAAAACAAAACACCGGUACAAGGUGCCAGGAGAGCAGCAUUUUUUGGAUAUUUCGAAUGGAAUAGUCUCCCUUGCUAAAAUCAACAACUGCGAAGAAACAACUAUAUUUUGGAGGAGAGAAAGGUACUUGCAGGACAAUGGUAACAAAAUGCCAAUAAUUUUUGAAGUUGCUCUUAGUGAUGAAACAAUGAGAUGGUACAUUGGCAUCGAAGAAGAAAAGGUCGUUUUAAAAGAAAAUGAACCAUACUGGUUCAGGAUGACACAGACGGGAGGUAACUAUCAUUUCCAGUUCAAAGAAAAGUGUCUUGGGUACGAGAAACGUACGUUCAACCAAAUGAAAUUGAAAGCACUCCCGAAGCAUAAACCCGGAGAGACGUCCAAUUGUGAAUUUGAACAGACACCUCUAGAUUGUUCAUUUCCACGAGAGAGAGGAGACGAUUUUGCCUCAACGCACAACGGCUGAUUUAUACGCCUAUCUUUCAAGCAUCAUACAUAUUGUUUUAGCACCUUGAUUUUGUUAUACCUUUUCAACAUAUGUAAUAAUCAUUUCGUGAAAUACUCUGCUAUAAUACACUUCUGGUGGCGAAAUCAUUUUUCAGUCACAUGCUAUUUAGAACAAUACAAGUGACAUAAAUACUCAAAGCUGCACAUUUAUUAGUGUUUACAAAUGUUCUAUUAAACUACUUAUGUGUUUUCUUAAUAUGCUUAAAAGAUUUCAUCUGAACUGCACGCAACUUUGAGACAAAUACCACGUUUAGAUAAGAAUGUAUCUCCUAAUUUUCCUCCAACAAAUAUUAAACACGUGAAUGUUCAUUUCAGUUCAGUUGGCAGUCAUUUUUUUGUUUUGCAUCGUCAACUUCCCAAGGAAGUUUAGACUCUGUUUUGCAGCUUUCUUUAUGACUAAAGUGACAGUAACACAGUAAGACAGUAACAUCUGUCGACAAUGAGAAUUUGCAUUGAUAAAGUCUGUCUUUUUCUGAUAUCUCUAUGAAGAACUUUUACAUUUAAUGAUUUAUUUCAUUGGCUAUGCACUUCUUAUCCCAGCUAAAUUUUCUGUACAUGCACUGAAUUUACAAUCCACCCGUUUUUGUCUGUUUAAAUGACGUGGUUUCUGAUUUGAAACCGAAUCUUGCUUCUAUCGAACAAUACGUUUGACGUGCGUAAAUGUUGUAAUGUUAACUCCAUUGAUAACAACCUACCAUUGCCUUUAGAUUUGCUUGACUGCGGUUUGUACUUUCAGCAUGUGUAAAUGUUGAGUUCUGCUCAAUCCGGGGUUAGAGGGCGUGGACGGUAGCACGCAUUUCCACUACCGUCCAUGAGCAGGCUCAAUCAAACCGAGCCUACAACAUUUUCGUUUUUGUCGUGUUGGGCGACCUGUGAAUUUUCCACUUUUUUCUAUUUUAUUAAUCAUUAUAUUGUACAAAGUUAAACUGAGCACCAUCAUUUCCAUCAACAUUUAUGUUAAAGUUCCACAAGACUUCAGAAUUUAUGUUAAAACAGAUGUUAUUCAUAAUUACGUAGUUAGAAAGGCACUACAUAUACUUUCAAAAAUGCAUAUGAACAAAUGGUGUAAGAGCCAUAAAGGGAGAUAAUAAAAAAGAAUGGGUUCAAUAAAACCAUCUGUCAUGUUAAUCAAUACUCAAACCUAAAACAUGUAUUGGAGAAAAACAAACCUACUUUUUGUUUCCUCCUUUACUUUGAGUUACUUUUCAUGGCUCCCCUUUAUUCGGGCUGACGGAAUCCUAAUGAGGUACACAAUUGUUUUUUUCAUGGUUAUAUGGGUACGUUUGUGUAAUUGUGAGUCUAAGACGGUGCCCUACUGUUUUCUAUGUUUUUAGUAGGGUAUGGCUGUGUGUUUGAUUGUGGUACACGAGUGUCUGCGUUUACGUUGCAGUGUGACUGUUAUUAAGGAACGUAACAUUCCCUUUGUAUUUCAUCCUUGUUCUUCUUUCCUCUUCAAAUUCCUCCCCCACCAUUUUACCACUUCCUCACCCUCUAUCUCUAUUUCUAAUAAAGUAAUAUGAACCUGUUAGAUGUUUGAAGCAACCCGUCUGUAAUGUUUUUCCAUUACAGCUUCUUUUUGUUGUGGGCCUACUUUGUUCAUGCAUGGCUCUGAGGUUGUGUUUUAGGUGCUCUGUGGUUCCGAGAAAUCUACCCUUACCUAUUAUUAUCUUUUGGAGAAAAUCAAAUAUCAAAAAUAGGAUUAAAUUUUGACAAGUAAUUAAUACGUUACCUGACCAUAACAAAAAUUGUGUCAGCCACAUCAUCAACCAAAGCAUUAUGAGCCUUUAAUAGUAUACUUGACCAAGAAUUUCAUAUUUGAAUAUAUGAAAAAAUACUGCAUAUAGGUUAUGUAAACAUUAACUGAAGAAAAAAUUGUGCAUAAAUAAACAAUACUGUCUAUUAAUUAAGUUUAGAAAAACGCACACGUUUUACAAUGUAUAUGUAUAGCUAAACACAGUAUAAUUAUGUAUAUAUAUUUAGUAAGGUUAAAUACUUUUGAUUAAGACUUUCAACAUUUGAUGUUAAUGUCUCAAGGUAAACAUUUUAGUGGGAGAUGCGCAUAAAAAUAAUUAACUUAUUAAAUUAUUUAUAUAUACACAAUAUUUCUUCACUUCGAGGGCCAAUACGACUGCUAGGAGACAAAUACCAUGCACAAGUGCAAUAGUUCGGUACGGUAGGAUACGGUACAGAAUGGACAUUAAUGUAAUCACGACUUCCAGAAUUAGAAUUUUGCGAAUAUAAGAUUUAAAACCAUCGUGAAUUUGAAUUUCUGACCAUCCCAUAGAAAAACCAUAAAGACGAGACUUUUCAUUUUUUUUUUAAUUUUCAAAAUGUUUUAUCACAAUUUCAGUGUACAUGUCAAUAUCAUUUCCAUGUUAAUUAUGUCAGACAUAUUUUCUUUCUAUCUGAUACUCUUUGGUAUAUCUUUAAAAUGGAGAGAUUAUACUCCUGAUAUCUUGUUAUCGUCAGGUUUUCAAAUUUUGUAUUUAUCAUUAAAUAUAGUUCUGUUCCCUCCUUGAUUGUUAAUAGUAAUAAAAAAAUAGAUAAAGGAAUACUUAGUCUAUGAAGUUUAAAGAUUGUUCAUAUUCGUUUUGUUUUAUAUUUGAUUGGAAAUAAAAUUAUUUUUUUGUCGAGAA